AUGAGACGAGACACUUACGAAAUGAAAAAUCCUCAGGUACACCCUGAGCAUGAAAUGGUGGCACUUAAAACUAUUCCGGCAUCUAGCAACAUCGAUGAGACAAAUGAGACAAAUUCAUUUUGUUUUCAACUGAGAGAAGUAUUUAAAAAAAAAGAUCACGAUCCGACAGAAAAACAAGGACCUCCGGAAGUUGUCACUUUUGCAAGUCUAUUUCGUUUUGCAAAUGCGACCGAUUUCUUCUAUAUGAUUAUUGGCUCGAUUGCUGCUUUGGCUCAUGGUGCUGCCUUUCCACUCAUUGUUGGAUGUGCUACAAUCGUAGUUGGAUACUUUCAAGUUGCUUUUUGGUCUAUUGCAUGUGAACGUCAAACACGUCGCCUACGUGAAAACCUUUUAAGAUCAAUACUUAGUAAAGAAAUUGCUUAUUUUGAUACAAACAAAACAGCUCAGUUAAAUACAAGACUCUCAGAAGACGUCAAUAAAGUACACGACGGUACAGGUGAUAAAGUCGGUUCAGCAUUACAAUUUUUUGCUUCUUUUAUUGCCGGUCUUAUACUUGGAUUGAUAAAAGGAUGGAAAUUAACGCUGGUCAUACUUUCCGUCAGCCCAGUGCUGUUUUUCAGUGCUGUUCUUUUCACAAAAAUAACUGCAACAAUGACAUCACAAGAAUUGAAAGCAUAUGCAAAGGCUGGCGCUAUUGCUGAAGAAGUUUUUGGAAGUAUACGAACUGUUUUUUCAUUCAAUGGAGGAGCUUAUGAAUCAAAAAGAUAUGAAAAACAUUUACAAUCAGCAAAGAUCAGUGGCAUUCGUAAAGGUGGAUUAAAUGGAGGUUUAAUGGGUGCUAUUUGGUUUUUAGUUUUUUGCACUUACGCUUUGGGUUUUUGGUAUGGAGCUAAACUAGUUCGUGAAGAUGGUUAUUCAAUUGGUGGAAUUCUCAUCGUCUUUUUUUCAAUCAUUACAGCAGUGUUUAGUCUUGGCCAAGCAGCACCUCAUCUUCAAUCAGUAGCACAAGCUCGAGGAGCAGCUUAUACACUGUGGAAAAUAAUCGAUACACGAUCAAAAAUUACUAUCAAUAAUCCGGAUGGUGUUCGUAAAAAUGAUAUAGUUGGUGAUAUAAGAUUUUCUAAUGUUCAUUUUUCUUAUCCUUCUCGACCCGAUGUUUCCAUUCUUAAUGGACUUUCAUUUAUGGCUCAACGUGGCGAGACAACUGCACUUGUUGGCUCUUCCGGUUGUGGAAAAAGUACGUGCGUACAACUGUUACAAAGAUUCUAUGAUCCAACUGAAGGGUCAGUUGAGUUGGAUGGUACAGUUGAAAUUGAUGAUACUCCAGUUAAUCGAUAUAACAUUGGUUGGCUUCGAGAACGUAUUGGUGUUGUAUCACAAGAACCAAUUCUAUUUCAAACGACAAUCAGAGAAAAUAUUCGUUUCGGAAAAACAAAUGCAACUCAAGAAGAAAUCGAACAAGCUGCGAAGAUGGCUAAUGCACAUGAUUUUAUCAAGGACCUACCACAAAAAUACGAAACACUUGUUGGCGAACGUGGUGCACAAUUGAGUGGAGGUCAAAAGCAACGAAUAGCUAUUGCCCGUGCACUCAUUCGCAAUCCACGAAUUCUUUUACUUGACGAAGCAACAAGCGCUCUCGAUAGAGAAAGUGAACGCAUUGUACAAGAUGCUCUCGAUCGUGCAUCACAAGGACGCACAACAAUUGUUAUUGCACAUCGAUUAUCGACGAUUGUAAAUGCAUCGAAAAUUAUUGUUCUCAAUGCAGGAUCAGUUGUUGAAGAAGGAAAUCAUGAAACAUUGAUGAAGGCGAAAGGAGUUUAUUAUGGUCUCGUCGAAGCACAAAAUAUUCAUCUGAAAACCAAGGAUAAAAAUGUGGAAGAAAAUGAGAAUGAUGCAGAUGAUAAAGCAGCAACUGCUCUUGCUUAUGAUAAGGCAAGAUCAUUGAGUUAUCAUCGUCAAGAUACAAUCGACAAAAAAACUGUAAAGAACGAAACAAAUGACAAAACCGACGAAGCUAAGGCAGUUGUAGAGUAUAAAGGACCUGCCCCAUUUUUCGCCAUGCUUGCAAUGAAUAGACCAGAAUUGGAUGUGAUCCUAUUUGCUUGUAUUGCUUGCGUUUGUAAUGGUGGCAUCCAACCAGCAUUCGGUGUUAUUUUAAGUAAAGUUAUUGCAGUGUUUCAAACAUGUGAUCCACAACUUCAAGAAAAACGAGUUUUGACAUACAUAUUGAUCUUUGUUGGCCUUGGUGUUCUAAUGCUGUUUACUAUGUUCUUACAAAGUUUUCUCUUUGCAAUUUCUGGUGAAUCUUUAACACAACGACUUCGUGCAAAAAUCUUUCGAACUCUAUUACAACAAGACAUUGCUUAUUUCGAUCAGGCAGAGAAUAAUACUGGAGCUCUAUGUACACGUCUAGCUACUGAAGCUUCCGAUGUUCAAGGAGCUACAGGUGUUCGUAUUGGAACGAUGUUACAAAAUAUAUCAAAUCUCGGAGUCGGCAUCGUUUUAGCAUUUAUUUAUGGAUGGUCACUGACUUUAAUUAUGUUAGCAUUUGUACCAUUUAUGAUUCUUGCUGGAUUUUUGCAAACAUACUUAUUGACUGGAUUUGCAGAUAAAGAUAAGAAAGCUUUAGAAGAAGCUGGAAAGAUUGCAGUCGAAAGUAUAUCAAAUAUUCGAACAGUAGCACAAUUAACAAAAGAACAAUAUUUUGCUGAUGAAUAUUGUAAAUUACUAGAUUUUCCCUAUAGGAACAGUUUAAAACGGGCACAUAUAUUUGGCAUUUUAUUCAGUAUUAGUGAUUCCAUCAUGUUUUUCGCACAAGCAGCUUUAUUUACUUUUGGAGCUUGGCAAGUUGAACGAGGAAAUAUGAGCUUUGAAAAUAUUAUGCUUGUCCUUAACUGUAUACUUUUUGGUGCAAUGGCUGUUGGUCAAACAGCAUCAUUGGCACCCGAUUAUUCCAAAGCAAUCUCAUCAUCAAAAAACAUUUUGUCUUUAUUUCAACGAGUACCAACGAUUGAUAAUUCGUCGACUGUUGGAAAUGAAUUGACUACAUUUGAUGGACAAAUUGAUUUAAUUGAUUUGCAAUUUCAUUAUCCAAAUCGACCAGAAGUACAAGUUUUGAACAAAUUUAAUCUAACAAUAGAACCUAAUAAACAAACUGCUCUUGUUGGCUCGUCCGGUUGUGGCAAAAGUACCAUUAUUCAAUUACUUGAACACUUUUACGACCCAACAGAUGGGCGAAUCUUAGUUAAUCAAAACGAAUUACCAUCUUUAAAUCUUCAAUGGUGGAGAAGUCAAAUAGGUUUUGUUAGCCAAGAACCAGUUCUAUUCGAUGCAACAAUUAAAGAAAAUAUUGCUUAUGGCGAUACAGCAAGAGAAGUAUCAAUGGAAGAAAUUCAACAAGCAGCGAAAAAUGCUAAUAUUGAUGAUUUUAUUCAAAACCUACCAGAAAGAUACGAAACCAAUAUUGGUUCGAGAGGCACACAGUUAUCUGGUGGUCAAAAACAACGCAUUGCUAUUGCUCGAGCACUUAUUCGAAAUCCUAAAGUUUUACUACUUGAUGAAGCGACGAGUGCACUCGAUACAGAAAAUGAACGAAUAGUCCAAGAAGCACUUGAUCAUGCAUCGAAAGGUCGAACAACCGUUGUAAUCGCUCAUCGGUUAUCAACGAUACAAAAUUCUGACCGUAUCUGUGUUGUUCAUCGUGGCCGUAUUGUUGAAUCUGGUAAACAUGAUGAAUUGUUGGCUCGCAAAGGAUAUUAUUAUCGACUGGCACAAUCGAAACGUUAA